AUGACGAAAACACAUUCUGUUGUCCACGAAGCUAAUGGAGUAAUUGCAAGACCAACUCCAAAACCCUUCUUUGAGAAACAGCCAUCCGCUUCUCUCUCCUCUAAGGAAGAAUACGAUGAAAUGUACAAACAGUCCAUCCAAGACCCUGAGGGAUUCUUUGGCCCAAUGGCUAAGAAGUUCCUCUCUUGGGAUAAGGAUUUCACAAAGGUCAAAUCAGGUACGUUGGCUAACGGUGACGCGGCUUGGUUCAUCAACGGUGAAUUGAAUGCAUGUUACAAUUGUGUCGAUAGACACGCCUUCAAGAACCCUGACAAGGUUGCCAUUGUCUUUGAAGCCGAUGAUGAAUCGGAAUCAAGAAAAAUCACUUUUGGCGAACUGUUAAGAGACGUCUCUCAAGUUGCAGGUGUCUUACAAUCCUGGGGAGUCAAAAAGGGCGACACCGUUGCCAUCUAUUUGCCAAUGACCCCAGAAGCGAUCAUUGCCAUGUUGGCAUGUGCUAGAAUUGGUGCUAUUCAUUCUGUUAUUUUUGCAGGGUUCUCUGCUGGUUCCAUCAAGGAAAGAGUCACCGAUGCCAACUCCAAGGUUUUGAUUACUACCGAUGAGGGUAAGCGUGGUGGUAAGAUUGUCAAUAAUAAGACCAUCGUUGAUGAGGCUUUGAAAGAUUGUCCUUCAGUUGAAAAGGUUUUGGUUUACAAAAGAACCGGCAACCCAAAAAUCAACAUGAAGGAAGGCAGAGACUAUUACUGGCAAGACCUAGCACCGGAAUUCAGAGGUUACCUACCUUGCGUGUCGGUCAAUUCUGAAGACCCAUUGUUUAUGUUAUAUACCUCUGGUUCAACUGGUGCCCCAAAGGGUGUUGUCCAUUCAACCGGUGGUUAUCUAUUAGGUGCUGCAAUGACAACCAAAUAUGUCUUUGAUUUACAAGAAGAAGACGUCUUAUUCACUGCUGGUGAUGUCGGGUGGAUCACUGGCCACUCAUACGCUCUAUAUGGUCCAAUGACUUUGGGUGUCUCUACCAUUAUCUUUGAAGGUACUCCAGCUUAUCCAAACUUUGGCAGAUUCUGGAGAAUCAUUGAGAGAAACAAGGCAACUCAUUUUUAUGUUGCGCCAACUGCCCUAAGAAUGUUGAAGAAAUCUGGUGAAGAAGAAAUCGCAAAAUACGAUUUGUCUUCGUUAAGAACCUUGGGUUCAGUUGGUGAGCCAAUUGCAAGUGAAAUCUGGCAAUGGUAUGAUGAAAAGAUCGGACAUGGUUGUUGCCAUAUCAGUGAUACUUACUGGCAAACCGAAUCCGGUUCUCAUUUGAUUGCCCCAUUGGCAGGUUCUGUUCCUACUAAACCAGGUGCUGCCACUCUACCUUUCUUUGGUAUUGACGCUGUCAUCAUUGACCCAACUUCCGGUAAAGUUCUCGAAGGCAAUGAUGUUGAAGGUGUCUUGGCAAUCAAAAAUACCUGGCCAUCAAUGGCAAGAACUGUUUACAAAAAUCACAAGAGAUAUAUGGAAACAUACUUAAAGCCUUAUCCAGGUUACUAUUUUACCGGUGACGGUGCUGGUAGAGACCACGAUGGCUACUACUGGAUUAGAGGUAGAGUUGAUGAUGUUGUCAAUGUCUCUGGUCACAGAUUGUCAACGGCUGAAAUCGAGGCUGUCUUGUUGGAAGACUCAAAGAGAGUUUCUGAUGCUGCUGUUGUUGGUAUCAAUGAUGAUAUUACAGGUCAAGCAGUUAUUGCCUUUGUUCAAUUGAAGGACAAUUCUUUGGUCUCCGACGAGGCAUCAUUGCUGAAGUUGAGACAAGACUUGAGAUUGUCAAUUAGAGCAACCAUUGGACCAUUUGCUGCCCCAAAGACCAUCAUUAUUGUCGAUGACUUACCAAAGACUAGAUCUGGUAAAAUUGUUAGAAGAGUCUUGAGAAAAAUUGUUUCUGGCGAAGCAAAGGCUUUAGGUGAUCAAUCAACAUUAGCUAAUCCUGAAUGUAUUGAACCUAUCAUUGUUGCAGUUGAAAGUCAAUUUGGUGUUAAAAACUAA